AUAUCAGUAGCGUACCUACUCGCACAGUACACACCAACACCUGUUGCUGCCAUUUAUAAUCGAAACAGCUUGACCGCUCUGUCCUGUUCAAGAACCAGAGCGGUGUUGUAAUAUAUCGCAGUUGUUCCUGGAAGUGUCGUAGCUCCUAAUCAAAACCGUUUUGAACUGGGGUGCUUGGCCCGGUUGACAAAUAUGUCACUUACGACAGUUGGGCCGGUGUUGUUGAUAUGUAUAAUGGGCUUCUAGUUAUAUUUGCAAUUAGCAUUUUGGCAUAUUAUACUGUGUGUUCUCUUUAUUUAAUGAGAUUUUUUUUUUGUCAACAAUGAGAUCUGGUUUUAACCUUUAAGAGAACUUUCAAGUUUGCUACAAAAAGAAGAAGAUAACUUUCAAGAAUUUAAAAAGACAAAGAUGAUUAUUUGUUAAUCCUACUUUAUAUUUUUUCUACCACUAGUUUUUUUUGUCAACAUGUUUUUCCAUUAUAAAGACACUUUUUGAGUUAACUAGCAUUCUUAUUGCACAAAACAAAAAGCAUUCUUUUUGCUUUUAAGAAUGCUGAUGUGAUGUUUAGAAUAAUGAUAUAAACUUAAUACAUUUUGAAUAUUUAGUCAAAAUCAAACAAAGAUCUAAUGUAUAUAACUAAAUUCUUUUUAGCUAACCUCUCCGAGGAACGUUUUUAUUGCAGAUAUGUAACUAAAAUAAGGCUUAAAUGAUACUAAUAAUAUUCUAUCCACUGAGACGACUAUUCUGUAUAUAUAAACACACAUGGAUAUAAUUGUUAAAUUCAUGGUCGUCUUCAUUAAAUAACCCAAAAUCAGUUUCAGCGCUUUGGCCUUUAAUCUCAACAGUCUCUCCAUUUUCAAACAGACUCUUCACAUUCUCGAGAAAAUAUCAUUUUCCCAGAUUCAGUGCCUACUUUUCUCGGAAAAUGGAGUCUGUUAUCAGUUGGUGAUGUACAUUGAGCAAAGACGAGCUAGAGAUUUGUGUUUAGAAGCUCGCAAAUAAUGAAUCCGUCGACUUCUCCCGGCGUGAAACGCCGUCGAGGACUCUCGACGCCGUCGCUGUGCUGCGGAGGAUCCACGGCGGCUGAGUUUUGCGGUGGCACGACGGCGGAUUUCGCCGCCUUAUGUUGCUGCGGUCCUUGCAGCGUCGUCAGCCUCGUCGUCCUCGCCGUAUACAAGAUCCCUCGCGGACUCUUCCGCCGUGUGCGGGGGAGACGAGGGCUGGCGAAGAGAGGAAACGGAGAUUCAAAGCUGAGCAAAGUCGGGAGCUCGAAGUUCGCCGUUCAUCCGGUAGAGAGCAGAGAGGAGGAAGAUCUCGAUAAGCUAGCGAUGGAGCUGAAGGACGAAGAAGAAGGAGAAGACGAGGAGGUGGUUGCGUUAGAGAAGGAGAUGUGGAGCAGAUUCUACAGUGGUGGUUUCUGGCGAAGCCUUUCGCAAGUUGAAACGGCGUCGUCUCCCAAAACCGAUUAGAGAAUCAGAUUCUUAGUGUAAGACAGUGUGAAAUGUAUAUGCUCUUGUUCAUAUAGUUUUUUCAAUAAAUACUACAUAAUCAAGUUUAGAUGUCUCAGAGGAACCAUAUGUUAAUUAUGUUUAGGAGCAACCUCAAUGGAAAGUUUCUCAUUUGAAGAUUCUUAUUAAAAAUUAUUUUUAUUUUAAUUUGAUAAAAAGAACUGAUUAGUUUUAAUUCUAAUAAAAUUCUGAAAAAUAUAAUUUUAAACCUUUAUCUUAACUUCUCUCCUACUUUUUUUCUUAAUUUAUUUUUUAAUUUUAAUUAUUAGAUGUUCAUUUAGAACCCUCUGUUGGAAGUGAUCUUGCUAGUAGAUCACAUAUGUGAAGAUCUACUCCAACAACACUUUAUGACCUUUUGAGAUAUGAGGUACAAACUUAUAGUAGAAUAUUGUAGUCAAAUUAAUCGGUCCUUAAAAGCUAUGUGAAAAACAGUAUUAUAUGGUAUAAUAAUCACAAUGCGUAAAGCAAUUAUAUAUAGAUAGAUAAAAAAAAGACAUUUUUUUGGUCUCUCUCUAACCCUUCCUCACUCUAAGUUUUCUCUCGUCAGAUCUGUGUCUGCCUCCGGCGCGUGGCCUCCGUUUCGCCGCCGCCGGAGGGCUUCUCUCCCCCCUUUACUUAUUUUUCUUUGCUCCUUUGUCCUCACUGUCGUUUUCCACCCGAUAUGUGUGUCACCCUAGAAGAAGAGCUUCAUUAACGACGGAUUCGCGACCUGGACUUGGUGGAGUUUGGCUCUCCGGUGUGACUAUGAGGCUGGAGAUGCGGUGACAAGUCGAAGGGGUCGGCUUUUCAGGGUUUAGAGUGGGUUCUUUUUCCAUCUCCGUUUGAACUCACUCGUACAAGACAGUGGCGCGUGUGGGAGAUGUGGCGGUUCCUCCUCCAGAUCUGGGCUUCAAUCGUUAGAUCUGCCCGUUGUGGUCUGGUUUCGAGGUGCGGUGCUGGGUUUCCAGGUUGGUGGCUUUCCUCGGCGUCUUGGCUAGCCUUAUCUUUUGACCCGGCAUCAUGAGAGCUCUGGAGUGCUCUCUUCUCGGAGGUGCGUCUUUUCCUAGGGGGUUUCUGGUGCGUGCUAGAGCUUCUAGUGUUGGCGUGUGGAGGUUCAAUGGGCUGCGUCCCGAUUUGGUCGUCUAUGGCCACGUCGUUGCGGUUCCGGAGACCUCUUUCUCAUCUGCAAUGUCUCUACUCGGUGUCCUUUUUCAGUCCGUCUCAGAAGCUACCGGUAAGUUUUCUUUGGCGUUUGCUCCUGUGCUUCCUUGUGGGGUCGUAGCUUUGUCAUCGCUGCGACAGUUUGACGAUAUGAAGCUAGCUGCGUUCUGGUUCUCGGAAACGGCAAGCAGUGAGGUGGUGGCUUAGCUUGGGUAGUCUCCAGCUUCAUGUCCCUUCCUCGAUGACUCUGCUUGUUGGCUGCAUCACAUCCCAGUUCUGAUGUCUCGCUCCCUACAUCAGUAGUGUUGCUUUCUUGUAGCUUUUCAGGUCUUAAGGAGCCUAUUGGUAUUGGGCGCUGCUGCUAUCUUGGAUCCGUUUUUUUGUGAAUGAGCCUCUUAUUGGUUUGAUGGAGUGGACCUUCUUGAAUCUCCGUGGUGCGGGGCAGCGGUUUAGGAGGGUAGCACCUUCGUGGGUUAGAGCUUUGGACAUAAAAAUGGACCAUUUGGGGAAGGCGGUAACUCCGAUGGUGUGGUCUGUUUCAACUUCCACGGUUUCGGUCCGACGGGUGAAAGUAGUGUCUGGUGAUGGUUGAAUCUGUGUGUCGGCGCCUCUUUUGAAAAGGAUAUGAAGAUACAGUGUUCGGCUUGGCCUUGGCUAAGUCGGUGUCGUUGGCCGCGUUUUUCAGGUGAUGACGAGUGACCAUUCUGGUCCUUCGAGCCGGAAUUCUUUCCCUUCCGCUGUUUAUUUCAUUUACUUUCCCAUGUACUUAGCGAUAAGCCCAAUCUAUUUUCAACGUUCACUGUUUCUUCAUCGACU